CUAACAGGUCCAUAUGUAGCUAUAUCGAUCACUACUGCCACAUGUAUCUAAAAUUAAAACAAUAGCUCGCAUGGCAUGCAUGUGAGUGUUGUAUAACAGGCUAUAGCUAUGGAAAAGUUACUAGCACUUGUUCUUCUGAGUCUCUUCGGAGCAGUAACAAGUGAGUUCAUACUGACAGUCAACUUGGUCAACUACACCAACCCAACCGGACUGUGUGCUGAAUGUGCUGUUCCACUGAGUGAUGUAGCAAGUGCUGACAAGCUACCACCACCAGUGUGCUGUGAUGAUCUACCAUUCACAAAUAUCAACUGUGACAACACAGGAGAGGGGAGAUGUGACACCAGGUUCCGUUGGACCAUCAGACCAUUCGGUGCAUCAUUGGAGACAAGACCCAGUAUGGGGUACUUCUUCACAGACUGUGCAAUGUCCCCCAGCACUUGCCCACUCAGUGAAAUGAGCACAACAUUCGGUCAAGGUCCAGCAGCACUACUGGGAGUAACACCCAAUCCUCUACCUGUUUCAAGCAAAAAUCCAUGGACAGGGCGGAUUCAGUUCCAUAUAGAAGCUGUGGACAGUGGACUCCCGAACAUAAUAGACAGUCUGUUGAUUAACCUGGACAACCUCCAACUUGGAGCAGACUUAACAGAGGAGAUGACAUUCACUGGAUUCUACAACGUAUCUCACAUGAUCAUGAGUUUCAGAGUCAAAUGCUCUCCUGGUUUCUGUGGACCUCACUGUACUACCACACCUCAGAACAAUCCACGAGUGGCGACAUGUCAAACUGAUGGCACUCUAACAUGUACUGACAACCGAUUAGACCCUUCACCUCCUGUAGCCUGCCGCGACUGCCUCUACAACUAUGACCCAGUCUCCAAUUGCACAGCCUGUCUUCCUGGUUUCUGUGGACCUGACUGUACCACCACAUCUCAGAACAAUCCACGAGUGGCCGAAUGUCAAGCUAAUGGCACUCUAACUUGCUAUGACAACUUUGAGCCUACCACAAGCUGUACUAGGUGUGUGGAUAACUACGAUCUAACUACCAACUGCACGUCUUGUCUGUUUGGACGAAACAUAUCCACAAGAUGUACCACCUGUCUGCCUGGAUUCACUGGCAGUAACUGUGAACCUGAAUCUUCACUCGAUUUAGCACUGGUGGGUAGUGUCGCUGGAGGAGUGGGUGGAGCUUUCCUGCUCAUCAUCCUAUUAAUGGCUUUCACAGUCAGGAAAAAUAAAACAGUUCCAGAAGUCAUAGAAAUGAGUCGAAAUCUUGGGUACAGUAAGAACACAGUCGAAGUCACUGAAGUCACUGAAACACUAACCAUGAGCUAUGAAGUCAUGCAGUUACGCACAAACACACUCAACGAAGUGAACACUGAAGCUAACCACACCCAACAUUAUGAGCCUGUGUGCAUUGCAACCCCUCCUACUACCAUUGUUGAAAAUGAUUACCAUAUAUAUGAGGGUGAGGAUCUGGACCCAACACGAAAUGAGCAGCAACCAGAACCCGACUAUGUAGUCAUGCAAAGUGUACCGAAAGAAACAGCUUAGUUAUGUAACAGACAAAAGCACUUGUAUAAUUAUACUGUACUAUAUAAUCCAUUGUGAUUACUAUGGUAAUGAUCAUUGCUAUAUAUAAUUAUGCUGGGGUAUACACAUCAAAACAGCUACAUGCAUAUAUAUAGGAGGU